UCCUUUUCUCGUUCUUUUCGUGAUCAGACUCCAUCAUGGCAACAGCUCAAAAGAGAAAGUCCAGUGCCGGCAAAGGCAAGAAAAAGAAGACGCAGUUAAAGUUUGUGAUUGAUUGUGCUCAUCCGGUAGAGGAUGGCAUCAUGGAUGCUUCUAAUUUUGAGACAUUCUUGCAAGAUCGCAUUAAGGUUAACGGCAAGAUGAAGAACUUAGGAACCAAUGUGGUAAUUGAGCGCAGCAAGAGUAAGAUCACUGUCACAUGCGACAUCCAGUUUUCAAAGAGGUACCUCAAGUAUUUGACAAAGAAGUACCUGAAGAAGAACAACCUUCGUGAUUGGCUGAGAGUUGUUGCAGCAAACAAAGAAACUUAUGAGCUGAGAUACUUCCAGAUCAACCAGGAUGAUGAUGAAGAUGAGGAAGAGGAUUAAAUUCAACGAUACUUUUUCAAAACAGUCUGAAUAACAUAUCAGUAAUCUAUAAUGAUAUAAAUUCACUGUUUACUGAAUUUGCUUUCUGACUGAAUAAAAUCUACUGUAUCAAUGAAACAA